AUGACACUCAUGAGGGCAUGGCUGCUGUUCAUGGCCUUCAACAUAGAUCUGGCCCAGAAGAAUCUGGAAGAGGUGCCAGUGCAGCCCGAAUUUGAUGCACAUAAGGUGGAAGGACGUUGGUUUACCAUCCAGCUGGCCACUAGCCACAGGGACCUGGUCUUGCCCACUGACCCCCUGAGACUUUCCCUCCACUCCAUUCAGACAAGAGACAGCGGGGAUGUGGACUUUGUGCUGUUUGAGAAAGGAGAGGGGAUAUGCUCAGGGAUCAAUGUCACUGUCAAUCCAGCGGGGCUCCCGGGCCAGUACCAAGGAACAUUUGAGGGAGGCAGCAUGCAUGUCCAUUUCGUCAGCACCGACUACAACAACCUCAUUCUUUACGUACGCUUUGAGGACAACGAGGUCACAAACCUGUGGACACUCCUAGCCAGAAGAAUGCUUGAGGACCCUACCUGGCUAGGGAAAUACCUGGUGUUUGUAGAGAAAUUCCACCUUCAAAAGGCCCCCAUCUUCAACAUCGCUGGUAAGAGCUGCCCUCCAGCUGCUCCUCAGCUGUUUAAGGAGGUCCUCUCUUUCUCAUCCAUCUCAUGA